GGGCUGUUCUCUCUAUCUCGUUAUCAUUCAAUGACGUGUUAUCAUCAAUCUCUGAUAGGUUACUUGAACCUAUAAGUACCGAUAGAUGGUCGAUUUUGUCAGUGCAAAGGCAAAGUUAGUCACAGCAACAAUGAAGUACAUCGCAGCAUUUUUUCUCUUUACUGUAACUGUCUGCCACGGACUGAGGCUGCCUUCAAAGUGGGCGAGGGCGGUUACUCUGGGAGAUGGUGAUGAAUGCCCAUCCAUUUUCUCUUGCAAGGACUGCAAUACGGUGAGGGUAUGCCAUCCCGACAAUUCCGGAAAGCUGGUCGUUCUGAAGGAAUCAGGGUGCCCGGCCGUGAGACCUUGGUGUGACGCAGACUCUGGAACUUGCACUGAAAAGGAACCACCAAGAUGUGGUAAAACAGAUGACUUCAUCUGUUUGAAGAAUAACCAUUACUUUCCUGAUGAGAAUUGUCAUCGCUUCCACUACUGCGACAAUACUUACACAGCCAAACUAUUUGAGUGCAAUCCUAACACGAAAGUAUUCAACCCUAUCAAGCAGCAGUGCGAUGACCCUGCAGAGACAACUUGCAACUCUUUCGACUGCACCAACAGCGCCGUCAAGAAGGCCAAGCACGGCCUGUUCGUCGACUACUACGCCUUGUGCAACAAAGCAGGAGCCAAUGCCGGUCCCCUCGUGGUCAAUGUCUGUCCUGAAAUGUAUGUACUCAACACCACAAGCCAACUGUGCGCUCCCGAUUGUGAUAGAUACAGCUCCAUUAACAUCGCAGAUGUUGAAGAUUGCCAUUUUUACUAUCACUGCAAAGCCAUUUACCUCAAUCCCGGAGACAAGAUUACGAAACUAGAAAAGCGCCAGUGCCCCGCUGGAUUAGCCUACGAUAGUACACAAUUCACUUGUGUAGAUGAGGGAACCGUUGAAGCUUGUAGCAAGACACCCAAGGCAUAAUUUUUACCAAUUGUAAAAUUUUAUUGCUCUGUAUUAUUUACGUAUAUAUUAUAUAAAGCCUAACGU